AUGGCUAGGCCUUGUGCUUUUCUGAUGGCCCUGGUGGUGAUGAGCUGGUCAACCUGCUCUCUAGGAUGUGACCUGCCUCAGAUGCAAAACCUCAGGAAUAAGAGGGCCUUGACACUCUUGGCACAAAUGAGGAGACUCUCUCCUCUUUCCUGUCUGAAGGACAGAAAGGACUUUGGAUUCCCCUUGAAGAAAGUGGAUGCACAGAAGAUGGAGAUGGCUCAAGCCAUCCCUGUCCUGAGUGACCUGACCCAGCAGGUCCUGACCCUCUUCACAUCAAAGGACUCAACUGCUGCUUGGAAUGCAGCCGUCCUAGACUCAUUUUGCAAUGACCUUCACCAGCAGCUCAAUGAUUUCAAAGCUUGUCUGAUGCAGCAGAUAGGGGUGCAGGAACCUCUCCUGUCCCAGGAAGACUCCCUGCUGGCUGUGAACAAAUAUUUCCACAGGAUCACUGUGUACCUGAGAGAGAAGAAACACAGCCCCUGUGCCUGGGAGGUGGUCAGAGCAGAAGUCUGGAGAGCCCUGUCUUCCUCAGCCAACUUGAUGGCAAGACUGAAUGAGGUGAAUGGGUCCUGA